CGAGACCUUCCAGGGGCAGGUUCCCCACCACCACCUCAGGUACAGGGCCUGUGGUGUGUAAGGCUAGCUGGGCCCAGGUCUGGUCCCUGUGUGCAGUGCUACUGCCCGGGGGUGCCCUGUCCUGGGACAGUCACCAGGCCAGAGACAGCUGGCUCAGCCCCCCCUUCUCAUUGUCACCUCACGCCAUCUCCAUUUCCCGCCCUGUGCACCUCCCCUGGCACUGCCCUGCCUGGCCCGUCCCCUCCCUUUCCAGGCGCCUUUGUCACAUCUCAUUCCUCCCGAGGACCAUCCAUCUCACCCAGUGAAUCUGCUGCCAGCCGGAUCGCCAGCCAGGCAGAUGCAUCAGCAGGCUCCGGGCUGCACCCGCCCCACCCCAGCCCCCUGGCGACGGGAGACGAGGCCACCCGGGGCAUCGCUGUGGAGAAGUUUGAUAUUGUCAAGAAAUGGGGCAUCAACACGUACAAGUGCACCAAGCAGCUGAUCUCGGAGCGCUUCGGCCGGGGCUCGCGCACGGUCGACCUGGAGCUGGAGACGCAGAUCGAGCUGCUGCGUGACACGAAGCGCAAAUACGAGUGUGUGCUGCAGCUGGCGCGGGCACUGACCCACCACUUCUACAGCCUGGUACAGACCCAGCACGCCCUGGGCGACGCCUUCUCCGACCUGAGCCAGAAAUCCCCCGAGCUGCAGGAGGAGUUUGGCUGUAACGCAGAGACGCAGAAGCUGCUGUGUAAGAACGGAGAGACCCUGCUCGGGGCUGUCAAUUUCUUCGUCUCCAGCAUCAACACCCUGGUGAACAAGACUAUGGAGGACACGCUCAUGACUGUUAAGCAGUAUGAGACGGCCAGGUGA